CCCUUUCAUAUCAAACACACUUUCAUAAUCACAUAUAUCAAAGUACUAUACUCUAUAUAGUAGUGUUUGAAUUUGAUUAUUUUUAGAACAAGUAAAAGUUUACUUAUAAGUUAUAAGCCUUUUAAUUUUAUAUAUGGAAUCUAUUAGGCCAAGCACACUAGAGAUUAUGGUUAUAUCUGGCGAGAAUCUAUGCAUGAAUCAGAAUCCAGUGAAGGAAGCUUAUGUUGUGAUUCGAGCUGAGUCCCUCAAAUGUUGCACGACAAAGAUGGCGAAAUACGGUGGCGAAAACACUUCGAGCUUGCUCUCAUGGAAUGAGAAAUUCUUGAUGGACAUACCCCUGCAUGCAAGGUCCAUAACCUUUGAGGUGCAAUGCAAGAACUCAAACGGCGCCGUUAGAAGCGUUGGUGUGGCAAGGAUAGCCAUUUCCCAUUUUCUUGGAGAGAAGAAUAAUGUUAAUGGUAGCAAGGGAAUUUAUGAAUGCACCAUGCAGAAGAUGAUGAGUUAUAGGUUGAGGGAUUGGGAUGGACGGCGAAAUGGGGUUAUCAAUUUCUCGGUGAGGGUGGCAAAGCUGCCGGAGGAGGAUCCUUUAUUGGAAGCAAAAGCGGUGGUGCCGGCGCCGGCGAAGGGAAUUCCAGUGAGGAGUUGUGGAUUUGAGGGAAGGGUUUUGGGGUUUAAGGUGGAUGAGAGUAAUAAUUCAAAUGGGGUAGCUGUUGGCAUUCCACUUUGGUGGAGUUACCCUAGCAAUAUUUAAAGCUUUUUUUAGUUAUUUUCUUAAUUCUUUUGUGAUGGAGAGGAAAUUAAUAAUUAUUAUUACAA